CGACUGAUUAUACACAAUAUUUGUAAGUUUACUUGUCAACUCGUUAAGACUAAUCAUCUGAACUAUUUUAGUUUGUGUUAUAUUUUACUAAUUUGUUGAGUUUUUAAGAAUCAUAAAUUGUAUUACAAGAAAAUUUGACAUGUGUUCGUAUGAUCACUGGUCCUUUAUGGAUUCAUCAGAAACUAGUGACCAACUUACAAUUGUUAAUCGAUCGAAUGAACAUAAAAUUAGUGAAAGACUAAUUCGGAUCGUACCCUAUUUUGAUAGGAUAUUGAAGGAAUCAAAGGACAAAAUAAUCGAACUGGAUUUUGAUGAUAAGGCUUUAAAAUCAUUCUUGAAUUGGCUUGAAUCGAAUACUGUAUCCAUCGAGAUGGAUUAUGUAAUGCAUCUGUACAGCAUGAUGGACUGUUUCGAGAUCAAAGGUUAUAUGAUGGUCCAUUUCUUAUCAUUUAGAGUAAAAGAUCUUGUACAGCAAGAUUGUAUCAACUAUUUCAAUGAUAAUUUUUCACUUAAAUAUCUUCCUGUUAUUAUACCUCAAGCAACUCCAGUAUCUAAAUUAAUAACCUCGAGUCGUCUCAAUGCUUUCAUCUGUCGUUAUUUCUUGAAGAUAGCGAACACUAAUGUUUGGUUGGAUUAUCCUGUUGAAACAAUUGAAUACAUGUGUUCCUUGGUCCUGAUGAUUCAUUCAGAAUACCAAGUAUUCGAUGCAAUCAUGAAAUGGAUCAAAGCAAAGGCUGAUUCCAGAAAGGGCUAUAUUGAAAGAUUGUUAAAGUUAGUUCGAUGGUGCCAUUUGGAAGAUAAGUAUUUACCUAAAAUGAAGGAGCAGGUUCAAUCUCUGAAUUGUCAACCUUCGAAAUUAUCCUCUUUCAGAAAACGUGAUUGUGAUCUUACUUGCAACCGGACCAAGCAAGAGUAUUUCAUUCAGAUUUGCAAUUCGUGUAUUCAAGGUUUACGAAUCAUAAUAUAUGACAAUAAUUUUUAUCCAUUGAUAGAAAAGGUCGUCAAUUCAAACAAGAGUAUGACUAUCGACUUUCUUCAUGUUGAACAUGUUUCUGAUAUCUUUUUUGACUCUGGUGAGGAAGGAGUUCGAAUUGAUUGGAAACGCAAUGAAUAUCGUUGGCUGGAUCGAUCGCAAUACAAAACCUAUUUCCUUGACAUCCAUAAUUACAUUCAAGAGAAGGACUUUUGGAAAGAUAAUAAUCCGGGGCCUAGUUGUGAAUACAACUUUAAAUUCUCAGGAGUUUUACUUUUCGAAGCUGAUGAAAAGUACAUGUUGAUUUGCAAUAGUUGGUUACUUGAAUGCUGGCCAGCAAAUGCCGAACUAAUUUCGAAAUAUUUUCGAACCAAUGGACCAAACAAAUUACGUGCAACUAUUUUAGACGAUAAUAUUUACUUUUUGGCAAAUUCCGAUUUCAUAAAGUUGAACAUCAAUACAAACGAGGAAACAAUUAUCGGGCUUGAAAGGUUCAAAAAUAGACUGCACUUCGAUAAUUUACUUAUAACUUCUAGAAAAGCUAAUGAUGAUAGAGUUUUUUUGAUUGAUAAGUUCACAAAGGAUGUCUUUUGUUUCAACGUCAACACUCACCAAUGGAGUUCAAUGGGACGAAUCGUUAAUUGUAAAAACAAAUCUGUGGUUGAGCAAAAGGAAUCUAAUGCUCUUUCUAAAACUUUUACUUUUACGUCUGGAACAUCAGAAUCUACCAAUCUUCCUUUUUUCCAGGCUUCAACUAACAAGCUGCCAACUUUCACCUCGACUUUCAUAUCGCUGAAUACUAUGAGGACUAUGAGGAUGGCCCAUAAUGAAAACUCGACGAAUUAACAAUGUACACAAUUAUUUCAUACUCCGAAUAACAUAAUAUAGCUAGAUUUCGCAUGUUUACCAAUCGAUAAUUAUCUUACUUGAAUUAAUCGAUUACAAUCGAUGUAAUCGAUAUAAUGGCCCACCUCUAAUCGUUUGGCUUAUUUUGAAUCUCUAGCUUUCGCGACUUCCUUGUCAAUCUUAUUUAAUAAUCUUUACUCUUGAUAUUGUUAUUAACAAGUUACUCAUUUUUAACUA